CGUCAUGAUUCUCAAGGUUAAGAAAAUCCAGAACACAGGAGACACGGGUCUCAGACCUUCAGGGAACUGGAACGGGCCAAAGAGGGCCACUCCAAAGUCAAUUGUGAAGUUCUCUCCCGCAGGAAUGGCUCCUCUUGGGAUAUCCAGUCUUAAGUUAUUAGACUUGUCAUUAUACCAGACUCUCUUACUGCUUUUCUCAGCUUUGAUAUGUAUAGGUGUCAUGUGAUCUGGAAGAAAAGUCGAGCUCGAUGUGUCUGGGAGAGAGACACCUGUAGCAUCGUUACUCGUAUUGCUGUAAUAACCACUUGUAUGACUGUCA